AUAUAUUCCCAUCCCUAUUGCAUACGAAUUCAUUAAAAACUUCAGCGGGUGCCGUUUCAACAAAUUUGCAAGCAAGAUUUCCACGACGAGAUGGGCAACAAGUCAUCACUGUUCCUGCGAAACGAGGAGAUAGCGCAGAUUCAGGAGGAAACUGGCUUUACUCCCAAUCAAAUCGAGCGAUUGUACUCGCGCUUCACGUCGUUGGAUCGCAACGACUGUGGGACCCUCUCCCGCGAGGACUUGAUGCGCAUCCCAGAGCUGGCCAUCAAUCCGUUGUGCGAGCGCAUCGUUCACUCGUUCUUUGCGGAGAGCACCGAUGAUCGUGUCAACUUUCGCCAGUUCAUGAACGUGCUGGCCCACUUCCGGCCGCUGCGGGACAACAAGCAGAGCCAGCUGAAUAGCCGCGAGGAGAAGCUGAAGUUCGCCUUCAAGAUGUACGAUCUCGAUGAUGAUGGUGUGAUUAGCCGGGACGAGCUGCUGUCCAUUCUGCACAUGAUGGUGGGCGCCAACAUUAGCCAGGACCAGCUGGUCAGCAUUGCAGAGCGCACAAUCCUAGAGGCAGAUCUCUGCUGCCAGGGCAAGAUUUCGUUCGAGGACUUUUGCAAGGCCCUCGACCGCACCGAUGUCGACACUAAGAUGUCCAUAAGAUUUCUCAAUUGAGGCGUGAUCUGUGCGGGAUACAAUCUUGCAGCAGAGACAGAUAGAAAGAGUGGAAGAAGGAAGCUUCUUAGUCAGUGUGUACCAAAUAGUUUAGGAUGGAAAAUGGAGUCUACCGAGAGGCAUUACUUGUAUUUAGUAUUCGUUAUGGAAGUGGCAGAACGGAGAUGGUUGCGGUUUUUUGUUGCUAAUCUUUAAUCUUUCCCCUCCCGCACUUGAAAUAUGUUUCUUAAUACUUUAUUCCGCCGCUGUAAAUUUAAUGUAAGCUUUGUCUUUGGUUUUGCUUGCAAAAUAAAGGCCCAAACCGCGUGUCAUUUAAAAUUGUU